AUGAAAAAUUUGGAUAUAUCUAAUUCUUACUUUAAGCUUCAUCUGCUCAAUAUAAUGAGUUACCGUGGAAGAGGCAGAGGCGGUUUCCAAAGUAAUUUUAAUAACAGAAAUCCAAGUCAACAAAAUGUCGAUUCUUUUCUUUCUGCCAAUUCGGUCCCGGUUGAGAUAUUAGGAUGGAACGGUGCCAGUCCUGAUGAUUGUAUUAACUUUAUCUCGAGAAAGUGUAAGAUUGUGGUUAGAAAUUUUUCUGUUGACCCGGGCAGUGGUAUCCUUAAGGGUUAUGUCAAAUCAUCGAAUGAUGCUGAUGAGCUCUGUAAGUGGAGUGGUGUAAAGUUCGCUGGCCAAUCAUUGAGAAUUACAAAAGUAGCGGACGCAAAUUCUAUUGGUAGUACAUUGGGGUCUACUAAUACUAAUUCUAAUAAUACAAUUGAAGUUAUUACUGGAUUUUUACGGUCUAGAUAUCAACCUGAAAUACGAAUGUUGAACUUAGCAGCUGUGAAGCAGGAUCCAAGUUUAGUUUCCAAAGGUUUUUUCGCGUCUCUCUCAACAACUUCGAAGUUUUUCCCAGCAUUGAUGAAGGUUGCAAAGGAGCUAAAAUUAAGCUUGACGAGCGUCGACCUCUCAGGUAAUGAAUUAACAGACCUUUCGAUGAUAUCAUCACUUGCGUAUACCUUUCCUAUGCUUGAGAACUUGUCAUUACUGAACAAUAACUUGUCUCGUUUGAAGUCCUUCGAGACAUGGAAACAUAAACUUAACUUCUUAAGAGAGCUCAUUAUAACGGAGAAUCCUAUUCUCAAUUUACAUAAUCCAAAUGACUUAGUUAAUCUCAAAACCGAAUUGAUGAGAAUUUUCCCUCGCCUUAUUGUAUUAAAUGGUGAAAUUAUAAGAAACGAACAAGUUUUGAUGACUAAUUUGACAUUCCCAUUUGAACCCUCUCAAGGGAUGUUUUUUCAAGAUGAUGAAAUUCAAAAUAUAUCAACGAAUUUCGUUGCCAAUUACUAUAAACUCUGGGACAAUAACAGACAGGAAUUGUUAAUCCUUUACCAAAAUGAAUCUCAAUUUUCGAUGCAAGUGGAUUCAGCUCACCCACACUCUCUGGAGUCUAAUACGAACCAAUUUAACAAUAGCACAGACUUUGGAUAUUAUCUUCCACAAUCACGGAACCUAAGUCGGGUUUCUUCGACAAAGUCAAGGAUGUCACGAGUUGCUAAGGGUCAAUCCGAAAUAUAUGAACUCUUUAAAUUAUUGCCAAAGAGCCGUCAUGAGCUAGUAUCAAAACCUACUCUAUUCUGCAUGGAAAGUUUUAGGUUUCCUCAGUUGGAUGGUAUAAUGAUCACUUUGCAUGGAACAUUUGAAGAAACUGCAGCACCUGAAAAUGUGGACAUGAACAAUACUAAUCCUUCAGGUCCAAGAGGCAGGUUCACACACCAUAAAAAUAAAAAGAUACCGCUAAGUAAUAAAAGCUUCGAUAGAACAUUUAUUAUUAUUCCGGGUCAAAAUGGUAGCAUGAUUAUCGCCAGUGACCUUCUCUUGGUGAGACCCGAUGUUGGAUCCCAAGAUUGGAAUUCGCAAAAUUCGGCCACCCCUCAUGCUUCGAGAGAAAACCUCUCCCCUGCCGCUUCGAUAUCGCCACAGCCUCAACCGCAACCAACACCUUCUGCGGAAGACUUGCCCCCAGAGGUUAAAGCAAAUUUGAAUCCUAUGCAGCAAGAUAUUCUAGUCAAGGUGUUACUAGAAACUAAGUUGACGUUACAGUACGGUAUUAUACUUGGAGAGCAAAGUAAUUGGGACUAUCAACAAUGUAUUAUAAAUUUCAAAAACUCAGUUGCAGCGCUACCGAGGGAUGCUUAUGUAUCAUGA